AUGAGUGAUGUAGAGAACAACUUCGAGGGUAGAGAGUCUCGCUCUCAGUCAAAAUCUCCAACGGGAACUCCUGCUCGCGUAAAAUCGGAGAGCAGGUCAGGAUCUCGUAGUCCAUCACGGGUUUCCAAACAUUCUGAAUCCCAUUCUCGAUCAAGAUCAAAAUCCAGGUCAAGGUCAAGGAGACAUUCUCAUAGACGGUCCGGGUCCCACUCUCAUAGGAGACGAUCUCGAAGUAGAUCCUAUACGCCAGAGUAUCGUCGACGAAGAAGCCGGAGUCAUUCUCCAAUGUCUAAUCGCAGAAGACAUACAGGCAGCAGGGCCAAUCCAGAUCCCAAUACUUGCCUGGGAGUGUUUGGCCUCAGUUUGUACACAACAGAAAGAGAUCUUCGUGAAGUAUUUUCUCGAUAUGGACCAUUGAGUGGUGUCAAUGUAGUUUAUGAUCAGCGAACUGACAGGUCACGUGGAUUUGCUUUUGUGUAUUUUGAGAGGAUAGACUCCAAGGAGGCUAUGGAAAGAGCAAAUGGAAUGGAGCUGGAUGGUAGGAGAAUUCGUGUGGAUUAUUCUAUAACCAAGAGAGCUCACACACCUACACAAGGCAUUUACAUGGGCAGACCAACUCAUAGUGGAGGUGGAGGAGGAGGAGGUGGUGGAGGAGGAGGAGGUGGUGGAGGAGGAGGA